AGUUGCAAGCAGCGAUGGAAUGAAUUACAUGUGGGACAACAGGGACAUCAGACUUCACGGAAACAUGUUAUGGACAAUAUUCUUACUGCUUAAUGGACUUCUUAUACUAAUUCUCCUUUACUCCAGUCGCACAAGACAGAGAAAUGAGCCACCACUGGACAAAGGCUUCAUCCCAUGGUUGGGGCACGCACUCGAGUUUGGAAAAGACGCUGCAAAGUUUUUGGCCCGGAUGAAAGGAAAGCACGGGGACAUCUUCACAGUCCGUGUUGCUGGUGUUUAUGUGACAGUGCUGUUGGACCCAAACUCUUUUGAUGAGGUGGUAAACGACACAGAGUGUCUGGAAUUCACCCGCAGCAGGAACCAGCUCCUGAAAAGAAUCUUCAUUCUUGAGCUGCCGAGCAUCAAGCCUGCAGCAGAGAGGGAAUGGAUGGAACAGCAUUUUCAAGGUCUCCGUCUGUCUGAGCUCAGCACUUCCAUGAACAGUCACCUUCAAAGUCUGCUGCUGAGUGACCAGAGAGACUGUGGCCCCUCAGAGUGGAGACAGGAUGGCCUCUUUAGCUUAUGUUACAGUCUGCUCUUCAGGGCUGGAUAUCUUACAAUGUUUGGGAGGAGAGGUAAUGCAGCUGCAGUCUACAAAGAGUUCUACAACUUUGACCAUCUCCUCUCCAAAAUUGCUCGCUGCCAACUCAACCGAGGGGAAAAGAAAACAGCCGUCACAUCCCGGGAGCGACUGUGGGAGCUGCUGUCCCCAAGCUGGCUGAGCGGCGAGGCAGAGACGUGUUCGUGGCAGCAGAGCUACCAAAACUUCCUGCAGGAGCAAGGAGUAGAUGCAGAAAUGCAGAAAAGAGCUCUACUGUUGCAGCUGUGGACCACACAGUGUAAUGCUGGACCUGCUGCCUUUUGGCUCCUUGGCUUCCUGCUCACACACCCUAAGGCCAUGGAGGCUGUGAAAUCAGAGGUCAGACGUCUUACUUCCCAGGAUUCUUACCCACAGCAUCCUACCAUCAACCUGCUGGAAGCACACAGCACACCUGUGCUUGACAGCGUUCUGAGCGAGACCCUCCGCCUCACGGCUGCGGUGAUGAUCAACAGAGAGGUGACGCAGGAUAAGAGGCUGCGCAUGGCCAACGGACAGGAGUACCACCUCAGACAGGGGGACAAAGUGUGUCUGUUCCCCUUCCUCAGCCCUCAAAUGGACCCAGAGAUACAUCAAGACCCACAGAUCUUCAAGUACGAUCGCUUCUUAAAUGAAGAUAAUACAGUGAAGGAUACAUUCUACAAGGAGGAGACCAGACUGAAGUACUACAGCAUGCCUUGGGGUGCAGGGAGAAACACCUGCAUUGGGAAGGAGUUUGCUGUUACAACCAUUAAACAAUUUGUGCUAUUGCUCUUGACCCUUCUUGACAUGGAGAUGUGUGACCCGGGGGACAAACUGCCACCCGUAAAUCCAAGUCGCUACGGCUUUGGAAUGCUGCAGCCGGACGGAGAUCUGCAGGUUCGAUACCGACUGAAGGAUACGCUGUAUGAAUUAUGACUUGAUCAUUGGUCAAGUGUACAAAUUGGUAAACCUUUUUGUCAGCACUGUAGCACUAUUUAUUCUAUGCAAUGUUCCUCCUGUAUAUAUCAUAUUUAACUUUGCUGUGUGUAAGAAGUGUUUUUAAUUAAAAAAAUAUACAAUUUAA